AAUUGCGGUAUAUCGUCGGCCCACUCAUGUGACAGAAGCAAAAAAAUAGGAGUUUUAUGAAGAAAAAUAAUGAUAAGCCAAGUUGGAAGAGAGUUAUACAAGGUGCCGCAUCGCAUUUUAGACCAUCGCGUAUUUGUUAACGGCGAAAUUGAAACAUUUUUGGAUAAUUUCGAAGUAAAACGCAACGAUAGCGAAGUCGAGAAACUUUUUCAGGUCACCGAAAUUGUGGGCUCACUUAAAUACGACCUCUCAGAGCGGUGCAUUGCAUUAGGUAAUCAAAAGCUUACCGAACUUGCCACAGGUGUUAACAAUUUGCUUGGUGGCGUUGAGGCGCUUCUGGACAAAGCCAAAGUUGAACGAACACCCAGCGCGAAUCUACAAGAGGCAAGACUUGCACGUGAGCAACGUAAAGCAGAGUUUAUAAACAAUCUGCAGCACAGUUAUCAAAGAAUUGAUAACUCAUUCGAGGAAAAGGAGGAGGAAAUAGCCGAACUUUACUCGGACUUGCAACUUAAGCUAAACAUUAACAAAUAAGUAGGCCAGCGGAAUGCUGAAGUCAACUAUUGUGGACACUCGUGUGCGGCUCCGGCCAUCCAAGAAGUUGUUGGAAUCGCUAAACGCACAGAAGGAACAUCUGAAAGAGCUGCCGGCAAAUGUGGCCACUGCACUGGAGAAAAACGGCUACAGCGUUCCGAAAAGUAUCAGAAUCUUGAAAGACAGUGAGCUUGUCUUCAAGCGACCACAGAUUGAUACAAAGCUGCUGGAUAAACUAACAGCAGAUGUCCCAGACGUGCCCCAAGAAACAGCUGAAGCCCCAGAG